CAUCAAGCAGUCGGUGCUGGAGCUGAAGCUGCAGGCGGAGGACAGCUUUGUGCUGAAGGUGGUGCAGCUGGAGGAGCUGCUGCAGGUGCGGCACUCCGUCUUCGUCAUCGGCAAUGCCGGCUGCGGCAAGUCCCAGGUGCUGAGGUCGCUCAACAAGACGUACCGCAACAUGAAGCGGAAGCCGGUCACCGUGGACCUCGACCCAAAGGCUGUGACCUGCGAUGAGCUCUUUGGGAUUAUCCAUCCAUCUACACGAGAGUGGAAGGACGGUCUGUUUUCUUCAAUGAUGCGUGACCUGGCCAACAUCACGCACAAGGGGCCCAAGUGGAUCAUCCUCGAUGGCGACAUUGACCCCAUGUGGAUCGAGUCCCUGAACACAGUCAUGGAUGACAAUAAGGUCCUCACCUUGGCCAGCAACGAGCGCAUCCCCCUCAACCCCACCAUGCGGCUGCUCUUUGAGAUCAGCCACCUGCGCACCGCCACGCCGGCCACCGUGUCCCGGGCAGGGAUCCUCUACAUCAACCCUGCAGACCUGGGCUGGAACCCGUGAGCAUGGGGAUGGGG